AUGACACAUACGUCCCGCCACGUCUAUUUGCGCAUGCUCGGCGACGGUGGCCCGGAGAGGUCAAAUUGCAUCAUCGCUGAAAGGCCCAGCAGAAUCGCUCAUAUGAAGAAGGGUGGCAAGAAGAAGAAGGGCUGUUCUGCCAUCAACGAGGUAGUGACCAGAGAAUACAUCAUCAAUAUUCACAAGCACGUCCACGGAGUGGGUUUCCAGAAGCGUGCCCCUCGGGCAUUCAAAGAGAUCCGGAAAUGUGCCAUGAAGGAGAUGGGAACUCCAGAUGUGCACAUCAACACCAGGCUCCACAAAGCUAUCUGGGCCAAAGGAAUAAAGAAUGUUCCAUACCACAUCCAUGUGUGGUUGUCCAGAAAAUGUAAUGAGGAUGAAGAUUCACCAAACAAGUUCUAUACGUUGGUUACCUAUGUACCUGUAGUCACUUUCAAAAAUCUACGGACAGUUAAUGUGGAUGAUAACUAA